UCAAACGCCGUCAGGUCUCCAUUUCCGUGCCCGUCAAUCUAACCCUAGUUAUAUAUUUAACCCGCGUUCAACCCAUGUGCUUCCGGUUUAUAUUCUCCCUCCCACCCCACGAAAUAAACAUAGAAACUACGAGAAGCAGAAGGACGGAAAGAAGAUGAUGAUGGGUGACAGUGGUUACCGUAAUCCGACGGUGGACGUGCCUCCAUGGUCGCCGUUCGAUGAUCAGUUCCAUUUGUCCGCCGCCGGGGACUACCUUCUCAGCGAAGCAGGACUCGCCGCGCUUCAGCGAUAUCUUCCUGCAAAUGAGGUGGCGCUUGAGCACGACCCGGACGAGGACGCCGAGCUUACAGAUCCUCCGAUCGACGCGUACUCUUGCGAUGAGUUUCGAAUCUAUGAGUUCAAAGUCAGGCGGUGUGCGCGCGGGAGAUCGCACGAUUGGACUGAGUGCCCCUACGCUCAUCCCGGCGAAAAGGCUCGCCGGCGUGAUCCGAGGAAGUUUCAUUACUCUGGAGUGGCGUGCCCUGAUUUUCGCAAAGGGAACUGUAAAAGAGGUGAUGCGUGUGAAUUCGCGCAUGGAGUUUUUGAGUGUUGGCUUCACCCAGCGAGGUAUCGGACUCAGCCUUGUAAAGACGGGACGGCAUGUCGUCGUCGUGUUUGUUUUUUUGCGCACACGCCUGAGCAGCUUAGGUAUCUGCCUCAUCAGAAGCAGCAGAGGAUGGAUUCGUACGAUGGAUCUCCGAUGCGGCUUGAUGGGUGUUUUCCGAAGGGUUUGAUCUCGUCUUCGCCUACAUCGACGCUCAUCUCUCCUCCCUUGUCGCCGCCGGUAGAGUCCCCGCCGGUUUCACCGAUGGGGUCUAGUGUUAACGACGUGCUUGCUUCGCUGAGAAAGCUGCAGAUUAGUAAGGUUAAAUCGAUGCCAAGUUCAUGGGGUGGGCUGGGUGCAUCUGGAGUUGGUUUUAGAUCUGGUUUUUGUAGCUUGCCUUCAACGCCAACGAAGGCUCCGGCGAUUGUUGGACGAGGAUGGCUUGAUUUUGAUGGGUUUGCUGAGGUAGAGGAGGCGGUGGAGAGGGUGGAGUCUGGGCGAGCUCUUCGGGCUAAGAUGUAUGAAAGGUUGAGCAAGGAAAGCGGUCUGGAACGGCUCGACAACAGCCCGGCUCCUGAUGUUGGAUUUGUGAAGGUGGCGAAGAUGGCGGUUCUGUUUUGGGACUUUGAAGGGAAAUAUGGGGGGGGGAAAAAAAGGAAGGAAAGCAUUUUGUGUACAGAGGAGAGGAAGAAGAAGAAUGGCUCAGUUCGUGGCUUGCGAAUCAUGCGAUGCUUCUAGCUGUUGUCGAUGCAUUUGCUAUGUUAUAUUUUUGUUAUUUUGCCAUGUUUAAUUAAAGUUCUAAUAUAUUGACGUAAUCUGUAACUAAUGCUUGAAGUUAUUAAUCCAAU